CCUAGAGUAUGUCGUGGAACGUGUAAUCGCUUAAUCAAAAGUUCUAAGCAAAUUAUUAAUUGUCAUGCAGAAGAAUGCAAAUUUUUUGAGCUACGAUAACAUCUUUACCACAGAGUGAGAGAGCGUAUAUUUUAGGAGUAACUUAAUUAUUAUCUUUAGUGAAAACCAAGCGAAUUUACAUAUAUAGCAGACUGAACUGUUUUGCCAGCUCCAUAUAGAGUUCGAAAAGAAUAUUCAACGAAAGAAGCAGUAAACACCUAAACUCACAAACGAAUUUCCCAAAAACACCUUCUAUAUAUUGUUGCAUACCAUUCUGAGAGGCACAUGGAUUUGAAUUAACUACUAAAUUGCAAAGGUGCUUGUGUUAUUUUAAACCCUCAGCAUGGGAGUUGCUGAAGAAUUUGCUCCCAGCUUCGUAAAGAAGCCACAACUUCGUCAAGAAGAUGAUGGAAAUCGGUUAAUCUUUGAAUGUCAACUUCUUUCAUUGCCUAAGCCGAACAUUGAGUGGUUUCGCAGUGACAAUUUGCUCACAGAAAAUGAUCGAACUAAAUUUAAAACUCAACCUAUUGGUGAUAACAAGUUCAUAGUUAUUUUAGAACUCGAGGAUGUUAUUGAAACGGAUGCUGGACUAUACAAAGUUAAGGCCAAAAAUAAAUCAGGCGAAGUUUCAGCAUCAAUCAACUUAAAUUUCAGACCUGCUGACGAGCCAAAAGAAAAACAAAUCGACGGUUUCGCGCCGACUUUCGCGAAAAAGCCCGCUAUCCGACAGGAGGAUGACGGAAAACGUCUGCUCUUUGAAUGCCGGGUCAGUGCAGAACCUUUACCAACCAUCAGCUGGUUUCACAAUGGGAACUCUGUUCAGGAAACGGCAAGACAUAAAAUAACAGUUCAAAAAGAUGGCCAUUCAUAUUUUGCCUCCUUAGAAAUAAAAAAUGUCACAGUUGAAGAUGCCGGAAAAUAUAAAGUAAAUGCCAAGAAUGAGCUUGGAGAGAGCAAUGCCACCAUAAGCCUUAAUUUUGACAGCGAUGAAGCACCGGUGCCUGACGACGGCAUUAAACCUACCUUUACCGAACGUCCAGUUAUACGUCAAAGUGAAGACGGAGGCAAUGUAACGUUUGAAUGCAGAUGUGUCGGAGAUCCGAAACCAACCGUAACUUGGUUUCAUGGCCAUGAUGAACUCAAGGAAGGUGAAAGAUAUGCUAUGUCCUUAACUUUGGAUCAAAAACUGUACUACAUGGCGCGAUUAGAAAUCAACGAUGUUAUGUCAAAUGAUCAAGGAGAGUAUCGCGCGAGUGCCAAAAAUCAACACGGCGAAGGUGUAGCUACCAUCAAUCUAAACUUCGAAAGCGGUUCAAAAAAAAUUCCGGAUGGUAAAUCGCCGCGUUUCCCCAAAAAGCCAACCAUACGACAAGAAGAAGAUAUAUUAAUAAUGGAAUGUAUAUUAGAAGCACAUCCGGUCCCAGACAUAACAUGGCACUGUGCCGACAAAAAAAUAGAAGAUUCAAAGCGUACAAAGAUGUCAAGAAAGGCAAUUUCUAAGGACGUAUAUAUUUUGACAUUGGAGAUACAAAAUCCAACCAAGGACGAUGGUGGCAAUUAUCGCUGCAAUGCCGUAAAUAUGUAUGGCGAAAGCAAUGCUAAUAUAGCGCUGAAUUUCCAAGGUGCUAACGACGCUAAUGGAUUUGCGCCGUCAUUCAUAGAGAAACCUCGAAUUAUCCCAAAUGACUCUGGUACACUAAUAACGAUGAAAUGCAAAUGCAAAGCGAAACCUGAGCCCACGGUUAGUUGGUAUAGAGGUUCCCAGCUGGUCAGUGAAAGUGAAAAGAUUAAAAUAAAAUCAGCUGUGAUUGCGGAAGACACAUUCGAAUUGACCUUAGAAAUAAAGGAUCCUGGCGCUGCAGACGGUGGUACUUACCGUUGUAACGUUCAAAAUGAAUAUGGAGAAUCAAAUGCCAAUCUUAAUUUGAAUAUCGAAGCCGAACCAGAACCGGAAGGUGAAGCUCCUACGUUUGUGGAGAAACCGCGCAUAGUAUCUGAACAUAAGGGGAAACUUGUAAUUAUGGAAUGUAAGGUGAAAGCUGACCCUAAACCAGAUAUUAUUUGGUAUCGCAAUGGUCAGGUCAUUCAAGAAAGUUGUAAGAUCAAAAUGUGUAUGGAGCAACGUGGUGAUCAGUACUAUAUUAAGCUGGAGCUUAUCGAUCCACAACUGGAAGAUUCUGGCCUUUAUAAAUGCAAUAUUAAAAAUAUACUUGGUGAACUGAAUGCCAAUCUGACGUUAAACAUUGAGAUUGUCCCUGUUAUUAAAGAUAAACCGAAAAUUAUAAAAAUCAUCAAAAAACGUACCGUAGUUAUCGAAUGUACAGUUGCUUCCAAAUUUGAACCGAAAUGUACUUGGUAUAAAGAAGAAACUGCUGUCAAAGAAAGCAAACGCCACGUUUACCUUAUCGAACAAAUCAAGGAGGGCGAGUUUUCUGUAAAGUUGGAAAUAAACGAAGUUGAAGAGACAGACAAGGGCUCUUAUAAACUAAUUGCGAGCAAUGAAAAGGGCGAAGCACUUUCACAAAUAGUCCAACUUAUCGACAUACCAGAGGAGGACCGUAAGCCGACUAAGCCUGAGAUUGUACGAAAGCUUGAAGAUCAGACUGUAACAGAAACAAAAUCAUUCGAUCUACAUAUUACACUGAAACAAAGUGAUCGCAAAUGCAAAAUUGAGUGGUAUAAAGGCAGCAUAUUAAUCAAAGAGACCAAAGACAUUACAACUACGUUUGAUGGUAUAAACGCGCGGCUAACGUUCAGCACAGCACGUCAAGAGCAUUCUAGCACCUAUAAAGUAGUAGUAACCAACGAAGCUGGCAAGGUCGAGUCAACAUGUAAGAUAAACAUCGUUAAGAAAGAUACAAAGAAAAAAGUAACCGAAAAGGAAGCAGAAGAGAAACGCAAGGAAGAGGAAAAAACUGUUGAAGAGGAAGAAGAAGAAAUAAAUUCGAAAGAACCGGAACACGUAACUGUUAAAGAAGAAUUGAAAAAGAAUGAACAGGAGAAACAAAAUAUGAAAGAAGAAAAAAUGUUUGAAGAAGAGAAAAAGAAAAUAAUUGAAGAAGAAAAGAAAGCUGGGCAAGAUAAGACGAAAAUAAAAGAAGAAACGAAGUGGCUUGAAAGGCCUAAACAGGAAACGACACAAGAAAAUGCAAAGAAAAUGGCUACCAAACAAGAAAAAGAAAACAAACCAAUAGUGGCAGAAAAACCCAAAGAAGAGGGACAACCCGAAAUAACUGCCAUAAGAAAAAUUGAUCGCAAGGCUAGUAUACAAGAAGAACAUAAAUCAGAAGUUCGUACGAAGUCUGUAAUCAAAACAGAAGAGACCGCUAUAACAGAUGAGGAAAAAGUGGCAUCAAGACGAUCAUCGGUUGUGCAAAUUAAAGAGUCCAGUGUGGAGUCUCGCAGGUCAUCUAUAGUGGAAAAGACGACACUUGAGAAACCUGAAAAUAAAAAAGUUGAAGCGAACACGAGCCCACAACAAUUAAAAGAAGAAAUACCAAAACUUAAGCCUGCUGAAAAACGACAAAUUCCGAAGCAAGUGCAAGAGAAAAACACUGAAGCUAAAGAGCUCCCCAAAUUACGAAAAGCUUCCAUUAAUACGCAAAAAGAAGAACCGAAACUAGAACCGGCUAAACCUAAAGUCAAAGCCAAGGCUAAAGGGAAACCAAAAUAUGAGGAACUACCAGAGAUACCGGACUACGAACGACCAGUUUUGGAAAAGUUUGAAAAACUUGAAUUCGCUGCAAGUGACUUUGGUCGUGACCUUAAUAUACCUUCUAAAAUGGAAAAGCCAGUAUUAGAAACAGACAAAAAAGAACCUGAGAAAGCAGUUUUGAAAAAUGGACUACCAAAGAAGGAAAAGGCUGAGGUAGCUCCAGCUGAAGAACCUAUCGGCUUUAAAAUGGGUAAAGGGAAAAUGCCUGAAGACCUUGCAGAUACUGGCGGUGCUAGUUUACGACCAGUAAUAAUUGAACCAGAGGAAAAAACUUCUUCCAAUUCUGCUCCUCUCGAGGCUAACCAAUCACUUAAGGAACUUAUUCAGCAACGUCGUCGUUCUUCGGUUCGAAACCUUAUGACCAAAGAGCCAAUCGAAAAUGAAAACUUUUUGGGUGUUGUUUUAAAGCCCGUAAUAAAAGACUCGAAAGAUGAAGAAGCUCCACAACGAGCCAAACAAAUGCUAAAGGAAACUGUAAAAGAAGGCAAGAUCAUAUUUUCUCCUGAUAAAGCCAAAGAUUUUGCUUUGAAAAAACCCGAAGACUUACCAACAAUCGAGGAUAAUUAUGAGCGUCCCGAAUUAGAGAAAUAUGAAAAAAUUGAGUUUGAAAAGAACAAAAAGGAUAAGCCUGGAGUUAUAGUCGAAUCCAAAAAAAUUAUACCCGCAGUUCAAACACCUUCUCAAGAACCGACAAAGGAUGAAAAGCCAAAGGUGCCAAAAAUACAGCCACCUGCACCGGGAGAACCACCCAAGAUUGAAGUCGUAAGAGAAAAACGACCGUCACUUGCACCUGAACCUGCUAGUCGUCGAGGAUCACUGGUGCCACCUGAAAUGGGACGUCGCCCAUCACUUAUAAUAAAUGAUGAGAAGAAACUGCGACCCGGUGAAGUGGCGGAUAAUAGGUUGUUGAGGCCAGGCGAGGUUGGUGAUGGACAGAAAAAAAAUCAACGUCCUGGAGAAGUUGGUGAUAUGAAACAGCGUCGGAGAACGUCAAUUGAUGUACGUCGCCCAAGUGUACAGGAUCUGGAAGAUUUGAUAAAUAAACCUUCUACGCCAUUGCGUGAAAUCGGCGAUGGUGGACCACCGCAAAUUAUUGAUGUACAGGAAUCAUAUUCCGUGGUCGAAGACUCUACAGCUUAUAUGACUGUUGGUGUUGAAGGCAACCCAGCGCCAACAUUUAGAUUUUAUAAAGGCGUCAGCGAAAUAAUCGAGGGUGGUCGAUUUAAAUUCCUUACUGAUGGACAGACAAAUUCUAUUACUCUCUGUAUGCGUAAAUGUAAGCCCAAUGAUGAGGGCAAGUAUAAAGUGGUUGUUUCAAAUAUACAUGGCGAAGACUCAGCCGAAAUGCAAUUGUAUGUUUCGGAUUCAAGUGGCAUGGAUUUUCGUGCUAUGCUCAAAAAACGUCGUUAUCAAAAAUGGGACAAAGAAGAAGAAGACCCCAAUUGGGGAGAAUUAAAACAAACUGAAAAACCAUUGCCAACACUCAAAAAAGUUGAGAGGAAGCAGGAAUCCUUCCUGAGCCCGCUAAUCGAUCAGUUUGCCAAGGAAGGUAAAGACAAGAAAGUCGUUUUCGAAGCACGUUUCAGCAAACCGAAUUGUAAGCCAAAAUGGAUGUUGCGCAAGGAUGAACUUUUCACUGGCAGCAAAUACAAAUUUAAAAAUGAAAAUGACACCUACCAGUUGAUUGUCAUGAAUCCCAAAGUUGAGGAUGGCGGCAAGUAUACUAUUGAAAUAGGCGGUGUGUCCAGUACGGCAUUUUUAAAUGUCGAAGAAGCUGAUCCCAGUUAUACAUUUACCAAGCCGCUUAAGAAGAAAAUCGAAGGAUUUACGAAGCACGAAACAACGCUGGAAUGCUCUGUUAGUAGCAGUAUGGCCAAUGUCACUUGGUACAAAGAUAAUAAGAAAAUCGAGACUGAUGAUCCUCGUUACUUAAUAUCAAAAGAUAUUAACGGAAAUCUUAAGCUUAUAAUCAAAGAAUCUGUCCUUGAAGACACAGGUCAAUACCGGUGUCAACUGGAUAAGCAGCCAGAUAAGACUGAGUCAGCAGUAAAAAUUGUAGAAUACCCAUAUAAAUUUGUGAAAGUACUGAAAUCCCUACAAUGCAUUGAAAAAGACAACAUUACGCUGGCAUGUGAAAUAGACGAUGCUACUGGUGAAGUGCAAUGGUGGCGGGGAGAUGAAGAAAUUGAAGGAGAUAAGCGCAUACAAAUCGUUAAAGAUGGCCGCAAGCGCAAACUCAUAAUAAAAGAUUGUAAAGUCAGUGAUGCUGGCAAUUUUAGAUGUACUACGAAUGCUGACAAAACUGAAGCAGAAAUUAUAAUCAAUUAUCAAAAUCGUUUCAAUAAGAAGCUUAAAGACACCGAUGCAGUAGAACGCGAAAAACUUGUACUCGACAUUGAACUGCAAGAUCAAACGGCACCUUGUGAAUGGAAAAUUAACGGUAACCUCAUUGAGCCUAAUGAACGCAUUGAAAUUAAGAAUCUUGGCGGUGGAAAGCACCAGUUGAUUUUCAAUAAUCUUGAACUUACCGAUGUGGGUGAAAUAACAUGUGAAUCUGGCAAGUUAUCAUCCACGUGUAAACUAACCGUACGAAAAGGUGAAAGCCGACCAAACAUUGACUGUCCGGAUGAGUUCGCUAGUCCAAUUAGUGCACCUGUUUUACUUGAAGUGCCAUACAAAGUCAGCGGUACAAGGCAAACUCCCAUAGAAGCGAAGCUAAUUAAGGAUGGCAAACCUUUGCCUGUUAAGGAAGUUGAAGUAGGUGUAACUGAAGACAAAAUCACAUUUAAAAUUAAGAAACCAGCACGUGAGCUUUCCGGACCAUAUGAAAUUAAACUCUGCAAUGGCCAAGGUGAAGAUGUGAAGAUGGUAAAUGUUAUAUUCCAAGACGUUCCACAGCCACCACGAAAUGUCGAUGUUGUGGAGGUUUUCCAGACAUCUUGUAAAGUGACUUUCGAUAAGCCCGAUGACGAUGGUGGUUCGCCAAUCAUUAAGUAUAUAGUCGAGCGGCAGGACUUGAGCAAAAAGCAAAGCUGGGAGAUUGUCGCUGAGGUUACGCCACAAGCACAACUCCUUAAGAAGAUUGAAGACCUUACGCCAAAAAAACAGUACAGAUUCCGUAUGCGUGCUGUGAAUAAGAUUGGUCCUUCCGAUCCUGCUUCUUUCAAAAACAUUGUAUUAGCCAAAGAUCCAUGGGAUGAGCCAGGAAAACCGAAGAAUGUUGAUCUUACUGAUUGGGAUACAGAUCAUGCUGAUCUGAAAUGGGAUGCACCUGAUGAAGAUGGUGGCGAUCCUAUAUCUGCUUACAUAAUUGAAUAUAAAGAGAAAUUCUCCAAUGAUUGGAUAGCAGGUAAGGAAGUUCCCGGCAAUAUGCGUGCAGGUACAGUAUACGGAUUAAAAGAGGGACAACAGUAUGAAUUCCGAGUCCGUGCUGUUAACAAGGCUGGUCCAGGUGAACCCAGUGACAAAACGAAGGCUAUAAUUGCUAAAUGCCGCUUUGUGAAGCCAUUUAUUGUUGGCAGCGGCCUAAAGAACAUAACAGUUAAAAAGGGUCAAACUGUGCGUUUUGACAUCAAAUACGACGGUGAACCAGAACCGGCAACUAAAUGGUGCAAAGGCUCAGAAGAUUUGCUUUUCGACAAUCAACGUAUAUUCCUUGAUCAAAUGGAACGUAACUCAUGUAUAACCAUUAAAAAGGCAGUUCGCAAGGAUACAAAUCUUUACAAAAUUAUUUUGUCCAACAGUUCUGGUACAAUUGAAUCCGAAGCUCAAGUAACUGUACUAGAUAAACCAUUAGCACCGGGUGGUCCAAUGGAACCCGAAGAAGUACGUGCUGAUCAUAUCAAAAUGAAAUGGAAACGUCCACAAGAUGACGGGGGCUGUGAAAUCACUGGUUAUGCAUUGGAGAGAAUGGAUGAUGAGACAGGUCGCUGGAUUCCAGCUGGGGAAGUUAGUCCAGACGAAACAUCUUUCAACUUCAAGGGCCUUACACCAAACAAGAAAUAUAAAUUCCGCGUCAAAGCUAUGAACAAGGAGGGAGAAUCAGAACCUUUGGAGACCACCGAGCCCAUUGUUGCCAAAAACCCAUAUGAUCCACCAAGUCCACCCGGUAAGCCUGAAAUUGCUGACUACGACAACAAGAGCGUAUCGCUUAAAUGGAAGCGGCCACCGUCUGAUGGGGGUCGACCGCUGUUGCACUACAUCGUGGAGGUAAAAGACAAAUUUUCACCAACAUGGAGCGAAAUAGCGAAAACUCAAACUCCCACACCUGAGUGCUAUGUAGAUGGCCUCAAAGAGAAAAUGGUAUACCAAUUCAGAGUACGUGCUGUAAAUAAAGCUGGUCCCUCAGAACCAUCUGAACCUACUGACAAUCAUUUGUGUAAACAUAAAAAUCUGCAACCACAAAUCGACCGUUCAACAUUUAAGCGGGUCACUAUCAAGACUGGUCGUACCCACAAAUGGUCAGUGGAUGUCAUUGGUGAACCAGUUCCAACAUUACAUUGGAGUUGGCGCGAUGAUAUACCACUAUCCACUGGCGAUCGUAUAAAAAUUGAGAAUGUCGACUAUCAUACCGACUUUAUCAUCUCGAAUGUAAUACGCAAAGACAGCGGUAUGUAUACAUUAAAAGCUGAAAAUCGCAACGGCGUUGAUAAAGAAACCGUUGAGCUGAUUGUAAUCGGUAUACCUACCUCGCCAAAGGGACCGUUAGUGGUUAGCGAUGUAACUGCGAAUGGGUGUAAAUUACAGUGGAAAAAACCAGAAGAUGAUGGUGGUGUACCUAUUAAAGAAUAUGUUGUUGAAAAAAUGGAUAUAGCCACUGGCAAGUGGGUGCGCGUUGGACGCUCUCCAGGUGAAAAGGAGCCGCCCAGUUUUGAUGUGACUGGCUUAAAUCCAGGAUCUGAUUAUAUGUUCCGUGUAUGCGCGAUAAAUGAUGAAGGUGAGUCCGAACCGCUAACUACAUUGAUUGGCGUGGUUGCUAAGGAUCCAUACGAUGAGCCAAAUAAGCCAGGUACUCCAGAAAUUACCGACUACGACAACCAGAGCAUUUCAAUUAAGUGGACACCACCUAACAAUGAUGGUGGUGCAGCCAUUGAAAAAUACAUUAUUGAGAAAAAAGAUAAAAACAAACCUGAUUGGGAGAAAGUGGUUGAAGUGCCUGGCAAUCAGUUAGAUGCCUGCUUAGCUGGAUUACAGGAGUACGGAGAAUAUCAAUUCCGUGUUAUUGCUAUAAACAAGGCAGGCCUAUCGCCACCAUCUGAUCCCAGUAAAAUUCAAGUCGCCAAAUAUAAGAAACUCAAACCGAGAAUCGAUCGUACUAAUCUAAAACCACUUUUAAUACGUGCCGGUAAGCCAAUCAAGUAUGAUGUCAAUAUACGAGGUGAGCCACCACCGACUAUUACAUGGUACCAAAAUGAUAAGGAAUUGAAGUCAGAAGAGUUACCUUCGAAUUAUGAAAUUAAAAAUAUCCCACAUAACACUAAAAUUUCCAUAAUUGACACUAUACGUAAGCAUACGGGUACUUACAAAAUACGUGCGGUUAAUGAACAUGGUGAAGAUGAAGCUGAAGUGGAGGUCAACGUCUUGGGACAACCAGCUAAGCCAAAGGGACCACUUGAAGUUAAAGACAUUAUGAAAGAUAGUUGCAAACUCAAAUGGAAGAAACCAGAAGAUGAUGGUGGCAAGCCAAUUACAGCCUAUCAAGUAGAGAAGUUUGAUAAGAAGCAAGGGCGUUGGGUACCAGUUGGACGCACCCCUGGCAAUGAUACUGAAAUCGAUAUCAGAGGCCUACAAGAAGGCCAUGAAUAUCAAUUUCGGGUUAAAGCCAUCAAUGAGGAGGGUGAAUCAGAACCACUUGAAACUGAUGGUAGUAUUAUAGCUAAAGAUCCAUAUACCGUUGCCGGUAAACCGGGUUUGCCAAAGAUUGAUGAUUUUAAUGAGCAUAUGGUUAAAUUGAAAUGGGAGCCUCCCAAAGAUAAUGGAGGUGCGCCAAUUGUUGGUUAUGUAAUUGAGAAAAAGGACAAAUACUCUCCGGUAUGGGAUGGGCUGUUAACCACAGAUACACCUAAUCCCGAAGCUGCUAUUGAUGGUCUGAUCGAAGGUAACAUUUACCAGUUCCGUGUUCGCGCCAUCAAUAAAGCUGGACCUAGUGAGCCUAGCGCAGCUACGGAACCUCAUAUAGCUAAACCGAGAAACUUGAAACCACAUAUUAAUCGUGAUAAGCUGAAGCCCGUAAAAGUUAGGGCAGGUCAAAAUGUUAAAUUUGAUGUGGACGUGAGAGGUGAACCUGCGCCAAAUCUAACUUGGGCAUUCAAGGAGAAGGAACUCUCCAGCGAUAACAAAGUGCGUUUAGAAAAUGAGGAUUAUAAUACGAAAUUGACAAUUUUGGAUAUAAUGCGUUCGCAAACCGGAAUUUAUAAAAUAAAAGCAGAAAAUAUAAAUGGUAUAGAUGAAGCUGAAGUUGAAGUUAUAGUACUAGAUAAGCCAGCUAAGCCUGAGGGGCCCUUAAAAACAUUUGACAUACAUAAAGAAGGCUGCAAGUUGAAGUGGAAAAAGCCGAGAGAUGAUGGCGGUGUACCUCUUACUGGAUACGUAAUUGAAAAGAUAGACACUGCUGUCGGUCGUUGGGUACCCGCUGGAUCCGUUGAUCCUGAAAAACUUGAACUAGAAAUUAAAGGACUUGAGCCCAAUCAUCGCUAUCUCUUCCGCGUUAAAGCUGUCAACGAAGAAGGCGAAUCAGAAUCUUUAGACACUGAACAAGCUAUAGUAGCGAAAAAUCCCUUUGACGUAUCAGCACCUCCUGGUUUACCAGAGUUGGAAGACUGGGACGAACACCAUGUGAAACUUAAAUGGGAACCUCCGAUUCGUGAUGGCGGUGCACCAAUUACUGGCUAUAUUAUUGAAAUGAUGGAUAAAGAUACUGGGGAGUUCGUUAAAGUCUCCGAAGUUGACGGUCCGAUAUGUAAAGGUACAGUAAAAAAAUUGGAAGAAGGACAACAAUAUAAAUUCCGUGUACGUGCUGUAAAUAAAGCAGGUUCUUCGGAGCCAUCUGAGCAGACAAAUUGGCACACAGCUAAGCCACGUUUUUUAAAACCACAUAUUGACCGAACAAACCUGAAACCAGUUGCAGUAAAAGUUGGUCUAUCUAUAAGCCUUGAUAUUAGUGUUAAAGGUGAACCAGUUCCGAAAAUUGAGUGGUUCUUUAAGGAUCAACCAUUAGAAUCAGACAAAGAAGGUAUUAAAGUUGACUACAAUGAUUACAAUACCAAAUUUUUUGUAAUGCGUGCUAAACGGCCACAAAGCGGCAAGUAUGUGAUUAAAGCCACCAAUGAAGUUGGCGAAGAUGCUGCAGAGCUAGAUGUUACUGUUCUGGGUAAACCGGGUAUACCAAAAGGACCACUUGAAGUUCACGAUAUCACAAAACAUGGCUGUAAAUUGAAAUGGGAAAAGCCAGUAGAUGACGGUGGAGCUCCUAUAGACUAUUAUGAAAUUGAGAAAUUGGAUCCUCACACUGGCCAAUGGUUACCUUGUGGAAAGAGCACUGAACCAGGGGCAAAAGUAAUUGGUUUGCAAGAAGGAAAACUUUAUAAAUUCCGCGUGAAAGCGAUUAACAAGGAAGGCGAAUCGGAGCCUUUAGAAACCGAGAAAGCAAUUAUUGCUAAAAAUCCAUUCGAUGAACCUGACAAACCAGGUCGCCCAGAACCAACUAACUGGGAUAAAGACUUUAUCGAUUUGGCUUGGGACCCACCAAAGAAUGACGGUGGUGCUACCAUUCAAAAGUACGUCAUUCAAAUGCGUGACAAAUCUGGACGAGCAUGGAUUGAUGCCGCUACCGUACCUGGUGAUCAUACAAAAGGUACUGUUACAAGCGUUGAAGAAGGACAUGAGUAUGAAUUCCGAAUCGUCGCCAUAAACAAGGCAGGGCCAAGUGAACCCAGCGACGUUUCCAGUUCAGUUGUUGCCAAACCACGUUUCCUUAAGCCACAUAUUGAUCGUAAAGACUUACGAAAAAAGGUAUUGCGUAGUGGACAAAUGCUACAUAUGGAAGCACCAGUAAAAGCCGAACCACCCGCAAAAAUAACUUGGACUUACAAUGAAGUAGUUCUCAAAACAACCGAUCGAAUCAAAAUUGAAAAUGAAGACUAUAGAACUACAUUUAUUUUGCCGAAAGUAAAGCGAACAGAUAAAGGAGUCUACGUUGUGACAGCCAAAAAUGAUUCAGGUAUUGAUACUGUCGAAGUCGAAUUAGAUGUUAUCUGCAAGCCGGGCAAGCCAAAGGGACCCCUUGCCGUAUCCGAUGUAACUGCUGAAUCUGUGCACUUGAAAUGGGACAAACCAGAUGAUGAUGGCGGUGAACCCAUCGAACACUAUGUAGUUGAACGCAUGGAUACUGAGACUGGUCGUUGGGUUCCCGUAUGUACAUCUAAAACCCCAGAAGCAUAUGUAACGGGAUUGGUUGAGGGAAAACAAUAUUUGUUCCGUAUAAAAGCUGUGAAUGCAGAAGGCGAUUCUGAACCGUUAGUUACGGAUACCCCGACUACAGCUAAAAAUCCGUAUGAUGCUGCUAAUGCGCCAGGAAAGCCACAAAUUACUGAUUGGUCUGCUAAUUUUGCUGACUUGAGCUGGCGUCCACCAGAAGAUGACGGUGGGGCACCUAUCACCGGGUAUGUUGUUGAAAAGAAAGAUAAUAACACCGGAAAAUGGCAGAAGGUUUUGGAAACUAGCACACCUGAUUGCAAAGCGCGAGUUAACGACCUUAUCAAAGGUACAAAGUACCAAUUCAGAAUAAAAGCAGUUAAUAAAGCGGGCCAAAGCAAACCCUCAGAUCCAUCCGAUCAAAUGACUGCAAAAGAUCGCUUUGCACCUCCAAAAAUUGAUAGAGCAAAUAUUAAGGAUAUUAUUAUUAAGGCCGGACAACACAUUCGUCUUGAUAUUAAAGUAUCAGGUGAGCCCCCAGCAGCUAAACAAUGGUUCCACAAUAAAGCUCGCAUUGAAGAUCAAUCAGAUGAUGUUAAUAUUGAUUUUGAAUCAUAUCGAACUAAGUUUUCAAUUCCAAUUGCAAAGCGUAAAAAUACUGGCAAGUACACAAUUAAAGCCGAGAAUGAUUCAGGUCAUGAUGAAGCCACAUUUGAAAUCACUGUCUUAGAUAAGCCAGAUAAACCAGAAGGACCCUUGCGUGUCUCGGAUGUACACAAAGAAGGUUGCAAAUUAAAAUGGAAUCCACCUUUAGAUGAUGGUGGAUUGCCUAUUGAGUAUUAUGUACUGGAAAAAAUGGAUUUAGAAACUGGUCGUUGGUUGCCUUCAGCACGGGUUAAGGAACCCUUCGCCGAACUAAAUAAUUUAGAACAGGGUCAUGAAUACAAAUUUCGAGUCUUAGCAGUAAAUAUAGAGGGUGAAUCAGCACCACUAGAUGGGGAACAUGCGGUCGUAGCCAAAAAUCCAUUUGAUGAGCCUGGAAAACCAGGUACACCAGAAGCUGUUGACUGGGAUAAAGACCAUGUAGAAUUGGUAUGGAAAGCACCAAUAAACGAUGGAGGUGCACCAGUUACAGGUUAUAUUAUUGAAAAACGUGAAAAGGGUACUGAGCGCUGGAUGAAGGCUGCGGAAACACCAGCAGGCCCAGGUAUUGGUGAAUGUAAAGGCACUGUGCCAAACCUUGAUGAAAAUUGCGAAUAUGAAUUCCGCGUCAAGGCUAUAAACUCAGCUGGACCUGGUGAGCCCUCCGAUGCCAGCAAGUCUGUUAUCACCAAACCAAGAAAAUUGGCACCAAAAAUUGACCGUCGUCAUAUUCACACCUAUAAUAUGAAAGCUAGCGAACCAUUAUUCCUGGACAUUCAGGUUUUCGGAGAACCUGCUCCCGAUGUGACGUGGUCUCAAAGCGGGAAGUCCAUACAAGCAUCCUCAUUUCGAAGGAUUGAAAAUGUACCUUACAACACAAAAUAUAUCAACAGCAGUCCCCAACGCAAAGAUACUGGUUUAUAUAAAAUUGUUGCAACAAAUAGAUUUGGUCAAGAUCAAGUUGAAUUCCAAAUCAAUAUUAUAGCCAAACCUGGUAAGCCUGAAGGUCCACUCGAAGUUUCAGAUAUACAUAAGGAGGGUUGCAAACUAAAGUGGAAAAAGCCCAAAGAUGAUGGUGGUGAACCAAUCGAAGGAUAUUUGGUAGAAAAGUUCGAUCCGGAUUCUGGUAUCUGGUUGCCUGCGGGUAAAUGUGACGGACCGGAAUUUGUGGUUGAUAGUUUGACUCCUGGACAUGAGUAUAAAUUCCGUGUGAAAGCUUUGAAUAAAGAAGGGGAAUCUGAACCACUUGAAACUUUUGGCACUAUUGUUGCCAAGGAUCCUUUCGUAACACCAUCUAAGCCUGGAGCGCCUGAGCCUAAGGAUUGGACUGCCAAUAAAAUUGAACUGGUUUGGCAAGAACCCGUUAGUGAUGGAGGCUCUCCAAUAACUGGAUACAUCAUCGAGAUGAAAGAUAAAUACAGUCCAUUGUGGGAAAAAGCUUUUGAAACAAAUGAUCCUAAGCCUACAGCAACAAUUAAUGGUUUAGUUGAAGGAAACGAGUAUCAAUUCAGAGUUAUGGCCGUAAAUAAAGCAGGUCCGUCAGAAGCAUCCGAUGCAAGUAAAUCGUUUAUUGCCAAACCACGUUUCCUUGCACCAAAAAUUGAUCGUCGUAAUUUACGUGACGUAACCAUAUCUGCGGGUAUACCACUCAAAUUUGACGCAGUGAUUACUGGUGAGCCGGCGCCCAAGGUGGAUUGGCGUUUCAACAACGGUCCUCUCCAAUCAAGCGAUAUAGUCACUAUUGAAAGUCCAGAUUACUUCACAAAACUUGUCGUCAGACCGACAGCACGGGGCUAUUCCGGUGAAUAUGUAGUAACAGCUACAAACAGCUCUGGCAAAGACAGUGUUUUAAUAAAUGUUGUAAUAAGAGAUAAACCGAGCCCACCAAAAGGCCCAUUACAAAUAUCUGAUGUAAACAAAGAAGGUUGUCAUCUGAAAUGGAAGCGUCCACUUGAUGAUGGCGGUACACCCAUUGAAUAUUUCCAGAUUGACAAACUUGAUCCAGAGACCGGUUGCUGGAUACCUGUUUGUCGAUCAAAUGAGCCACAAGUAGAAGUCAGUGGAUUAAAGCCAGGUGGGGAAUACAAAUUCCGUGUUUCAGCUGUAAAUGCUGAAGGUGAAUCAGCGCCUUUGGUUGGAGAUGAGUCUAUUAUAGCCAAAAAUCCCUUUGACGAACCAGGUAAGCCGGAAAAUCUACACGCAGCUGAUUGGAAUAAAGAUCACAUUGAUUUAGCCUGGACUCCACCAUUAAGUGACGGUGGAUCUCCAAUUACAGGCUAUAUCGUUGAAAAGAAGGAUAAAUACGGGCAGUGGGAAAAGGCCCUUGAUGUGCCGGCUGAUCAAUGUAAAGCAACAGUUAUUGACUUAAUUGAAGGCCAAGCGUACGAAUUUCGCGUAUCCGCAGUUAACGCAGGUGGGAUAGGAGAACCAUCUGAUGUCACACCGCCAAUAAUUGCUAAGCCCAGAAACAAGGCGCCUCUUAUUGAUCGUACAGAUCUUAUCGAAGUACGCAUUAAAGCUGGUCAACCAUUCUCAUUCGAUGUAAAAGUUUCUGGAGAACCAGCUCCAAAAACUAAAUGGUUGUUUAAAAAACGAGAAAUAAGUUCAAAGGAUAAUGUUAAAGUAACACACAUUGACUAUAAUACUAAACUCAAAGUUUCCAAUGCAACACGUGCUGACUCCGGCACGUACACCGUGCAUGCAGAAAAUGCAAAUGGAGAAGAUUCUGCUGAUGUUAAGGUUAUCGUAAUCGACAAGCCAUAUCCUCCUAACGGUCCACUAAACGUUGAUAAUGUUCAUGCUAAAGGCUGUACUCUCAACUGGAGUCCACCUGAUGAUAAUGGAGGUCAACCAAUUGAUUCUUAUGUUAUUGAAAAACUUGACGAAAUCAGUGGUCGUUGGGUACCUGCAGGGGAAACCGAUGGACCAGAAACUAAGUUCAAUGUGCAGGGUUUGACACCGGGCCAUAAAUAUAAGUUCCGUGUCAGGGCCAGAAACCGACAAGGAGUUUCUGACCCCCUUACAACACCACACGCUACCGAAGCGAAGAAUCCUUUCGACGAGCCAUCGAACCCGGGUACACCAUUUAUUAAAGACUUCGAUAAAGACUUUGUCGAUUUAGAGUGGACAAGACCAGAAAAGGAUGGUGGCUCACCAAUAACAGGUUAUGUGAUUGAAAAACGAGAUAAAUAUUCACCUGAUUGGGAAGAAUGCGCUGAAGUGAUAGAUGAUGUUUGUAUAGGUCACGUGCCAAAUUUGACUGAGGGUAUAAAAUAUGAAUUCCGUAUUCGAGCUAUUAACAAAGCAGGAAAAGGUGAGCCCAGUGAGCCAACUGCGCCACACCUCGCCCGCAGUAAGAAUUUACCUCCGAAAAUUGAUCGAAACUAUAUGUUGGACAUCAAAGUUCGUGCUGGGCAAACGUUUGAGUUUAAUGUGCCAGUGAUUGGUGAACCAGUGCCAAGCAAGGAAUGGUUUCACGAAGGUAACAUGAUUAUCAAUACUGAUCGAGUGAAGAUUACCAAUGAAGACUGUCGCACUAAGCUUCGUGUAAUUGAUGCAAAGCGUGUCGAUACAGGCGUAUACACACUAAACGCACAUAACAUGAAUGGCAGAGACCGAGCCACAGUAAAGGUAACCGUAUUGGAUGUUCCAUCACAACCAGAAGGUCCAUUGCGGCCGCAAGAUGUAACAAAGAGUUCUUUAACGCUAAGAUGGCGACCACCUAAGGACGAUGGCGGUUCCGAAAUAACUCACUAUGUUUGCGAAAAAAUGGAUAUUGGAGCAAUGCGAUGGAUACCAGUGGGUGAAAGUACAGAUUUGCAAAUUCGAGCUGAUAAUUUGAUUGAAGGCCAUGAUUAUAAUUUCCGUGUACGUGCUGUAAAUAAACAAGGUGAGUCCUUGCCACUGGCGACCACACAGCCAAUUCUCGCUAAAGAUCCGUUCUCACGGCCUGAUAAGCCAGGACAACCACAGCCAGUGGACUGGGGUAAAAACUUCGUCGAACUUAAAUGGUCUGCUCCAAAACGUGAUGGUGGAUCAGCGGUAAUGUCAUAUAUUGUUGAAAAACGCCCUAAAUUCGGACAAUGGGAAAAGGCAGCCGACGUACUCUCUGGUGAAACAACAGCGUUAAUACAAGACUUAACCGAAAGUGGUGAAUACGAGUUCCGAGUAUAUGCAGUAAACAAAGCGGGUCUCAGUGAUCCCUCUGAUCCAUCACCACUAGUCACAUGUAAACCACGAUUCUUGGCUCCAUAUUUCGACAAAUUACUUUUAGGAGAUAUAACUGUACAUGCAGGAAAACGCCUAGGCUGGUCAUUACCAAUCGAAGCUUCGCCAAGGCCAACCGUGAAAUGGUCAUUUAAUGGCGUUGAAAUACAGCCAAACUCUCGUCUUGAUAUGAACCUCUUCCAAAAUGAAUUGACAUUUGAAAUACCCUCAGCUCUACGUGCUGACGAAGGGCGUUAUACUUUGUUAUUGAAAAAUGAGCAUGGGUUCUUUGAAGCCUCUGCCCAUGCCAUGGUUUUAGAUCGCCCCAGCCCACCUAUUGCUCCUCUAACUGCUACAAAUAUUACAAAGGAAGGAUGUCACCUUUCUUGGGGAGUUCCUAAAGAUGAUGGAGGAUCACCAAUUUUACAUUAUGUUAUCGAGAAAAUGGAUCUUACACGUGGAACUUGGUCAGAUGCUGGUAUGAGUACUCACCCAGUACAUGACGUAGCACGAUUAGUGCACCGAAAAGAGUAUUUAUUCCGUGUAAGAGCAGUGAAUGCUAUUGGUGAGUCAGAACCUUUGGAAUUGCCAUCGAGCAUUAUUGCCAAGAAUGAAUUCGAUGAACCGGUUGCACCAGGUCAACCACAAGUCACAGACUGGGAUCGUGAUCAUGUGGAUCUACAAUGGACACCACCGAAUUCAGAUGGUGGUGCACCACUCACUGAAUAUAUAAUUCAAAAGAAAGAAAAGGGUAGUCCAUAUUGGGUCAACACACAACAUGUUCCACCAAAUCAGACCCAAGUCACUGUACCUGGAUUGGUUGAAGGACAAGAAUAUGAAUUCCGAGUAAUUGCUGUUAAUAAGGCUGGACAAUCUGAACCAUCAGAACCAUCCGAUCUUGUGACGGCAAAGGCUCGUUAUCUUGCACCUAAGAUUAUAACUCCCCUUCAAGAUAUUAGAAUAAAAGCAGGUCUUAUAUUCCAUAUAAAUAUUGACUUUACUGGCGAACCUGUACCGGAAGUUAUUUGGAACCACAAUAAUAUUCCUUUAACAUCCAAUGAGCGAUCAACCAUUACAUCUAUUGGGCACCACACUGUUGUGCAUAUCGUUAAUUGCCAACGUAGUAACUCAGGUACAUAUCAUCUUUUAAUACGGAAUGAUUCAGGUAUUGACGAAGGAAGUUUCCAACUGGUAGUUUUGGAUCGACCAGGCCCACCCAUUGGUCCAAUGGAAUAUGAGGAGGUUACAGCUAAUUCCGUAACUGUUUCAUGGAAACCGCCUAAUGAUAAUGGUGGUUCUGAAGUAUCAGCAUAUGUCAUUGAAAAGCGAGACCUUACUCAUGGCGGAGGAUGGGUACCAGCUGUGACCUAUGUCAAUGCAAAAUAUAAUCAUGCUGUUGUACCUCGCCUACUUGAAGGUACUAAAUAUGAGUUCCGUGUUAUGGCUGAAAACUUGCAAGGGCGCUCAGAUCCACUAAGAAGUGAGGAACCUGUUAUUGCCAAAAACCAAUACACAGUACCUGGAAUGACCAGCAAGCCAGAGCUUACUGACAGCGACAAAACUCAUAUCACAUUUAAAUGGAAACCGCCAAUUAGCAAUGGUGGUUCGCCGGUUUUAGGUUAUGAUAUUGAACGUCGCGAUGUGUUAACUGGGCGUUGGGUUCGCAUCAAUGCUGGGCCUGUACCCAGCACCGAAUAUACUGACGAACGUGUAAGCCCAGAUCAUCAGUAUCAAUACCGUGUAUCCGCUGUGAAUGCCGCAGGUAGCGGAAAACCAUCGGAACCAUCAAAUACGUUCAGCGCACGCCCAAUGCGGGAGAAACCCAAAUUGCAUCUGGAUGGCCUUGUAGGUCGAAAGAUUAAAGUCAGAGCUGGUGAACCAAUCAAUCUUAACAUACCAAUAUCAGGAGCACCGACACCAACCAUUGAGUGGAAGCGCGGUAACCUCAGAAUUCCCGAAACGAACAAAAUUUCGUGUAAUUCUAACUCUGAACAUACAAUAUUCCGAAUUGAUGAUUCAGUUAGGGAGGAUGCUGGUAUAUACACAGUAAUUGCUUCGAAUGAAUUCGGUAAGGAUUCUGCAGAUAUUGAAAUCAUAGUCGUCGACAAACCAAGCCCACCACAAGGACCUCUCAGUUACAUAGAAAUCGCUCCUGACCAUAUAAGGCUUGAAUGGAAUCUACCAAAAGAUAACGGUGGCAGUGAUAUCACUGGUUAUAUUAUUGAAUUCAGUGAAUUCGGAGUGGAUAAUUGGCGUCCAGUUGCUGGUUAUUGUCCAAAGACCAACUACAUCGUUAAAAAUCUCGUUGAAGGCAAAAAGUAUGUGUUCCGCGUCAUGGCUGAAAACAUAUAUGGUGUUUCCGAGCCGUUAGAAGGUAAACCGGUCGUAACGAAAUCUCCUUUCGAUCCUCCGGAUGCACCCAGCCAACCGCAAGUUACAGCUUAUUCUCCAAGUUCUGCAAGUUUGGAAUGGCAUCCACCAGAGUCUUGUGGCGGUAAGCCAAUCACUGGUUAUAUUGUUGAACGACGAGAACGUGGUGGCGAAUGGAUUAAGUGCAACAAUUAUCCCACACCAAAUACGAACUACACCGUACAGGACUUGCGAGAAGGAAACCGCUAUGAGUUCCGCGUAACUGCUGUAAAUGAAGCUGGUCCUGGGAAACCAUCGAAACCAUCUGAACCAGUGACCGCGCAACUUCAACGCUACAAACCUGAAGUUCCAGAACCACCAAAACCCGAUCGUAUAACUAAGAAUGGGGUUACUCUUUCAUGGAGGCCACCGAGGUUUGAUGGUAAGUCGAAAAUAAAAGGAUACUAUUUGGAAAUACGUCCAAAAGACUCAAAGAAGUGGAUGCCGGUUAAUGAACUUCCAAUAACUGAUACAGUUUAUCAUGUACCUAAUCUAGAAGAAAGCAAGGAAUAUUCAUUCCGUGUAUUUGCCGAAAACGAUGUGGGAUGUUCCGAUCCAUCGAAACCUUCACAGCCAGUUAUUAUUGAAGAGCAACCGAAUAAGCCCCGUAUGGAUCUUGGUGGUGUUCGAGAUAUUGUUUGUCGUGCUGGAGACGACUUUUGUAUACACGUGCCAUAUGUCGGUUUCCCUAAGCCUAACGCGCAUUGGUACUCGAAUGAUCUACAUAUAGAAGAUGAUGGACGCCGUAUAUUCCAACAUUUGACCGAUGAUGCUGCUUCAUUUGUAGUCAAAAACUCGAAACGUACUGAUUCGGGUCAAUAUAGGCUGCAAUUGAAAAACCCCUCUGGAUUUGAUACAGCCACAAUAAAUGUAAAAGUAUUAGAUCGUCCGAAACCGCCCAUAAAUCUUUAUGCAGAUGAAUUCGCCGGUGAUGCGUUAACUUUAUAUUGGGCCUCACCUAAAGAUGAUGGCGGUUCUCCCAUUACAAAUUACGUUAUUGAAAGAAAAGAGAAAUCGUCCAACACAUGGACGAAAGUAAACAGCUAUUGUACUGUACCAUUUGUUCGUAUACGCAACAUGACUCUCGGUAGGGACUACGACCUCCGAGUUUAUGCAGAGAAUAAAUAUGGUUACUCUGAACCGGCUACAACAUCUCAGCCCAUUCAAGCUCGUCAUCCAUUCGAUGUGCCAAACGCACCUGGCAUUCCUCAAGGCAUUGACUCAAGUGAAGAUAGUAUUACAAUUACUUGGGCUAAACCAAGGCAUGAUGGCGGUUCACCAAUUACCGGAUAUGCUAUUGAAAAACGUUUAAUAAACGAAGAGAAAUGGACUAAAGCUAUACACACUCAUUGUCCAGAUUUGAUUUGUAGAAUACCGAAUCUAAUUGAAAAUGGUGAAUAUGAAUUCAGAGUCGCGGCUGUUAAUGCAGCUGGACAAUCACCUUAUAGUGCUUCUAGUGAUCCCAUCUAUUGUCAGCGCCCACCACAUCCGCCAAAGAUUACAUCAGACCUAUCUAUAAGGGACAUGACAGUUAUUGCCGGAGAAGAGUUCCGCAUAACAGUGCCAUACACCGCAAACCCUCAGGCUAUACCUACAUGGACCAUAAAUGGCCAAGAAAUGAUACAAGAUGACCGUAUUAGGUUUGAUACGAAUGACUAUAAUUCUAUUUACUGCAAUAAAUCUGCUAAACGGGUUGAAACUGGUUGUUAUACUGUUAUUUUGACUAAUAAUAAAGGCUCUGAUACUGCUUCUUGUCACGUCACAGUGGUUGAUAGGCCUAGUCCUCCCCAAGGACCUUUAUCAGUUUUCGAUAUUACUCCAGACACUUGUACAUUGUCCUGGAAAACGCCAUUAGAUGACGGUGGAUCGCCAAUAACCAACUAUGUGAUCGAAAAACUAGAUAACAGCGGUACCUGGACAAAAAUUAGCAGCUUUAUACGUAAUACCCAUUAUGAUGUCAUGGGGCUAGAACCUAAUCGCAAAUACCACUUCCGUGUACGUGCGGAAAAUCAAUAUGGGCUAUCGCAUCCACUCGAGCUAACUGAUCCAGUUGUCGCUAAAUACCAAUUCACAGUGCCAGAUGCACCUGGACAACCAAAAGUUAUAGAUUGGGAUUCCGGCAACGUAACACUUAUGUGGGCCCGUCCUUCUAGUGAUGGAGGUUCACGAAUCCAAGGCUAUCAAAUUGAAUAUCGUGACAUUGUAAAUGACUCAUCGUGGAAUACUUACGAAUACUUAAUCAAAGAUACCAAAUAUCAGCUAUAUAAUCUUACAAACGGAUGUGAAUAUGAAUUCCGUAUAAAGGCCAAGAAUGCUGCUGGUUUCAGUAAACCGUCACCACCGUCAACCAAAUUCAAGUUGAAGGGCAAAUUUACAGUGCCGUCAUCACCGGGCACACCUCAAGUUACGAAGGUUGGCAAAAGCUAUGUUGACCUUAAAUGGGAAAAACCAACGAGCGAUGGCGGCUCGCGUAUCACAGGAUAUAUUAUUGAACGUCGUGAUGUUGGCGGAGCAGUUUGGGUGAAAUGCAAUGACUACAAUGUCAUGGAUACUGAAUAUACUGUACUUAGUUUGAUCGAAAUGGGAGACUAUGAAUUCCGUAUUUUCGCAGUGAAUGCCGCAGGCCGAUCCGAUCCAAGCUCUUGCACUAUGCCAAUAAAGGUAUGUGAAGUGAUUGGGGGUGAAAAACCGGAAUGGGUGACACGUUUACAAGAUCGUAGUGCACCAUGUGGCAAGGAUUUCAUUUUGGAAUGUAAGGCCACGGGUAAGCCAUUACCAAACGCUAGGUGGCUACGUAAUGGAAAGGAAAUACAAAUGGGCGGCGGACGAUUUGUCAGUGAUAGUAAAGAUGGUGUGUUCCGUCUACAUAUUGCCAAUGUCCAAUCUGGCGAUGAUGGUGACUACACCUGCGAAGCAUUCAAUUCCCUUGGAUUUGUACACACAACUGGACAUUUGAAGAUCGGUUCACCUCCAGUCAUCACUCGCUGUCCUAAUGAACUAUUUAUGGCAGAAGGUGACAACACUAAAAUUAAGAUUUAUUAUACUGGUGAUCAACCAAUGAAAGUUACUGUCACUAGAAACAAUGAGCUACUUUCUGAAAAAGAUGAGCAGCAUUUCAAAUCCACUGUAUUUGAUGAUUACGUGGCAAUAUUCAUUAGAAACAUUGUAAAAAAUGAUUCUGGGCUUUACCAAAUUAAGUUUGAAAAUGAAUCUGGUUCUGCAACAGGACAAUUUGAUGCUCGUAUUACUGGACUACCAUCGGCGCCUACAGGCCCAAUGGGUAUAUCUCAUAUAAAGAAGCAUUCUUGUAUGUUAGCUUGGCGCCCUCCUACGUAUGACGGCGGUCUGCGCGUAACACAUUAUGUUGUGGAACGAAAAGAUGUUACUUCACCUCAUUGGAUUACAGUAUCCAGCUUCUGCAAAGAUUUAUCCUUUAAUGUUCAAGGUCUUAUUGAAAACCAGGAAUAUAUAUUCCGAGUAAUGGCAGUUAAUGACAAUGGCAUGGGACCGCCAUUAGAAGGCUUGAAUCCAAUUCGGGCAAAGGCGCCAAUAGAUCCACCAUCCCCCCCUGGCAAACCCUCCGUUACUGAAAUUGGCGGCGACUUUGUCCAUUUGGAAUGGGAAAAACCGGAAUCUGAUGGUGGCGCUCAUAUUCAAGGUUAUUGGAUUGACAAGCGCGAAGUUGGUAGUAGCACAUGGCAACGUGUCAACGUUACCAUUUGUCUUACCAACCAAAUAAACUGUUCGAAUCUAAUUGAAGGCAGACAAUACGAAUUCCGUAUUUUUGCACAAAAUGAAGCUGGAUUAUCGAAAGAAUCUAUAAAUUCCACAGCAGUCAAAGUAAUUGAUCCACAAGCCGCUACGCCACCAAUUAUUAUUAAACCUCUGGGUGAUGCCACAUGCAUACAAUAUCACAAUGCACAAUUUACAUGCACAAUUAGUGGCUUACCACGUCCAAUUAUUUCAUGGUACAAAGGAGCUCGAGAAAUCACCAAUGGUGCGCGCUACCACAUGUAUGCUGAAGGUGAUAACUAUUUUUUGAAUAUCAACGAUGUCUUUGGUGAAGACGCAGAUGAAUACGUCUGUCGAGCUGUCAAUAAGGCGGGCGCUAAGUCAACACGAGCUGCACUGGCAAUAUUAACUGCUCCCAAAUUGAAUGUUCCUCCACGCUUCCGUGACACUGCUUACUUCGAUAAGGGUGAAAACGUGGUUAUAAAAAUACCAUUCACCGGCUAUAGAAAGCCUAGAAUUACAUGGAUACGGGAAGGUGAAACUAUUGAAUCAGGUGGACAUUAUACCGUUGAAGUUAAGGAGCGCCAUGCAAUGCUAAUCAUUCGCGAUGGCUCGAAACUAGACUCUGGGCCUUACGUUAUAACUGCUGAUAAUGACCUUGGAUCCGACACAGCUACGAUUAGAAUCCAGAUCAGCGAUCGCCCUGAUCCGCCACGAUUCCCACUAAUUGAGAAUAUUAGUAACGAAUCAUUAUCGCUAAGUUGGAAAGCUCCGGUUUGGGAUGGUGGCAGUGAAAUAACAAGCUAUCUGGUAGAAAAGCGCGAGCAUCCAAUGUCGUCAUGGAUUCGUGUUGGUAAUACCCGUCUCACAGCCAUGGCUGUUACUAGUUUAACUCCAGGAAAAGAAUACGAAUUUCGUAUAUAUGCCGAUAAUGUGUAUGGCCGUUCAAAUCCAUCAGAAAUUAGCACACUUAUUAAAACAAGAGACAUUAUGAAGAAAAAGCCGGCUGAAAGGAGGUGGGAGAUCGACGAGCAGGGCAGAAAAGUUCGGGGCAAGGCUGAUGGACUAAUUAAAGACUAUGAUUCGUAUGUUUUUGACAUAUACUCUAAAUUUGUUCCGCAACCCGUUGAAAUUUCACAUGACAGCGUUUAUGAUAAAUAUGACAUUUUGGAAGAAAUUGGUGCUGGCGCGUUCGGAGUUGUACAUCGGUGUCGCGAACGCAGCACCGGAAACAUAUUUGCUGCAAAAUUCAUUCCUGUAUCACACACCAUUGAAAAGGAUCUGAUAAGACGUGAAAUUGACGUGAUGAACCAAUUACAUCACCAAAAGUUAAUUAAUCUUCAUGAUGCAUUUGAAGACGAUGAUGAGAUGGUACUUAUAUUAGAAUUCUUAUCUGGUGGAGAAUUAUUCGAGCGCAUAACCACUGAGGGCUACUAUAUGACUGAAGCAGAAGUAAUCAAUUAUAUGCGCCAGAUCUGCGAAGGAGUUCGACAUAUGCACGAAAAGAAUAUUAUUCAUCUAGACAUAAAACCAGAGAAUAUCAUGUGCCAAACUCGUACCAGUACGAAUGUCAAACUUAUUGACUUUGGUUUAGCCACCCGUUUGGAUCCAAAUGAAGUAGUUAAAAUAACAACUGGCACAGCCGAAUUCGCCGCACCUGAGAUUGUAAAUCGUGAACCGGUUGGCUUCUAUACAGAUAUGUGGGCCACUGGUGUUCUUGCAUAUGUACUUUUGAGUGGGUUGUCACCUUUCGCUGGCGAUAAUGAUAUCCAAACCCUGAAAAAUGUCAAAGCCUGCGAGUGGGACUUUGAUGAAGCCGCCUUCUGUCAUAUAUCGGAUGAAGCUAGAGAUUUUAUUAGGAAGCUACUUAUCGCCAAUAAGGAAAAACGUAUGACGGCACAUGAAUGUCUUUUGCAUCCUUGGCUUACAGGUGAUCAUAGCGAUCGCUCACAAAAAAUUGCACGCGAUCGCUACCUUGCAUACCGAGAUAAGCUUCGGAUGAAAUAUGAAGAUUUCAACAAGUACUUGCUCCCUAUGGGACGCUUAUCUGAGUAUUCCUCAUUGAGCAAAUUGCUUAUGGAAAAAUAUAAAGUUCAUGAAACUUCAUUUGAUCGUCGACAAGCCGCACCACGUUUCGUCAUACGACCAUCGUCACAAUUUUGCUAUGAAGGCCAAAGUGUAAAGUUCUACUGCCGCUGUAUAGCUGGUGCUACUCCAACCUUAACAUGGUCUCACAAUAAUGUAGAAUUGCGGCAAAGCGUCAAAUUUAUGAAACGUUAUGGCGGUGAUGAUUACUACUUCAUUAUUAAUCGUGUCAAGCUCGAUGACAGAGGCGAAUAUAUAAUUCGGGCAGAAAACCACUAUGGGUCUCGUGAGGAGGUUGUUUUCUUGAACGUGCACCCGCUACCGAAAGAACAGCCACGUUAUCGUAGUGAAACGACACCGGUGCGCCGACGUGAUCCUCUACCCUAUACAUUCUGGCAGGAGGAAUCUGAAUCGGCACCCAGCUAUACAUUCCUCUUACGGCCACGUGUCAUGCAAGCUCGAGACACAUGUAAGCUUCUAUGUUGUCUCAGUGGUAAGCCCGUACCAACUGUAAAAUGGUAUAAAGAUGGUCGAGAACUAAGCAAAUACGAAUAUUCAAUGUCAACAUCGGACGGAGUAGUAACAAUGGAAAUAGUUGAUUGCAAACCCUCAGACUCUGGUAAAUACACUUGUAAGGCGACCAACUGUCACGGUACCGACGAAACCGAAUGUGUAGUAAUUGUGGAAGGAGAAUGGGUAACACCUGAGCAAGCUGAACUUGCUCACAAUUUUCUAUAUUCUGGAGAUCGUAAGUAUAUCGAACACCCGUUGAAACUUGCACCGCCACCAAUCAAUACUGUACGUCGAUUCACGUCCAGCUCCUCUUCAAAUCAGUACAACAGUUCAUCGUCAACAGCGCAACAAAACUCAAGUCACUCCUCCACAAGUCAGACUAACAUUCACAAUUUAAGCCACAACACUACCAGUGUCAAUAACAGUAGCAGUAAAAAGAAGUAUAACAGCAAUAGUUUGCACACGCCGGGUAGUCCGUCAAGAUCUCGAAGUGCUACCAAGGAAUUAAUAUUGCCUCCAGACGAUGCGCUGAUGUGUAAGCCUGAGUUUACGAAGACGCUUCAGGAUGUCUCUAUUAACGACGGUGACAAGUUAAUCUUAACUUGUAAUGUUAAGGGAGAUCCGGAACCACAGAUAACAUGGUCGAAGAACGGCAAACUUAUAUCAUCCUCAGAUAUAAUGAAUUUAAAAUACAAAAAUGGCGUUGCAACCCUAACUAUUCAUGAAGUUUUUCCAGAAGAUGAAGGUAUAUUCACCUGCACUGCUACUAAUUCCAUAAGCGCCGUGGAAACUAAAUGCAAAUUGACGGUGAAACCUCUGGAUAAAAAUGCCUGUAAACGACAGACGAAUAGCUCAAAACCUCCGAAAAUUGUUAGUCACUUGGAAUCACGAUUUGUUAAAGACGGUGAAAUGGUAACUCUUGCAUGCCGUAUCAUAGGCGCUGAACACUUUGACGUAGUUUGGCUGCACAACAACAAGGAGAUCAAACCAAGCAAAGACUUCCAGUAUACCAACGAAGCUAAUAUUUAUAAGUUACAAAUCGCUGAGAUAUUCCCAGAAGAUGGUGGCACUUAUACUUGUGAGGCCUUUAACGAUGUUGGUGAAUCCUUCAGUACUUGCACUAUAAACGUAAUUGUACCUGGUGAAGAGCCGAAACAGCCCAUAUUUAUAAAAUUCCCAAACUCAGUAACCAUUCAAGCAGGGGAAAGCUGCCAAUUUUCCUGUGAAACGCAAGAAGAACCAUUGCAACUUACAUGGUUAAAAGAUGGAAAGCCAAUUAAUACCAGCAGUACAAAAUAUACCUUCACCAAAGACGGAAAUAGCUACACAUUUGUUAUAGUCAAUUGCUCAAUGGAUGACGUGGGCCAAUAUCAAGCAAAAGCCAUUGGCAAAAAGAGUGAGACAUUGAGUGCUUUCUCCAUAAAUGUCGACUGAAUAAACAAUAGAAUAUAUACAUGUAGCAUAAGUCAUUAUGCUAAUAGAAAUAGGAAACAAAAACGAAAUCUAAAAUAUAAACCGAAAAGUUAGUUCAAAUAAGUAUUUUUUUAAUAGAGACUCUCGCUAGGCAUAGGUAACUGAACAGUUACAUAAAUCGCUCUCUUUCUCUUUAUAUCGAAACCAUUUAAACAAUAGUAUUGACAUUUUUAAUUUUCGUUGCUUAUGCCUAAAGCAUAUAAAAAUUAUGCAUUUUGUCGUAUAUGAAUUUAUAUAAUAUAAUUACGCAUACGAAAAUAUGUCUUGGUGAUAAUAUGAACUAGCACUGCUCCGAACAAAAAAAUGUUGUGUCCCUGACUAAAAAAAAAAUCAAAACGAUUAACGAUGUUAAAAAACAUUUUUUAAACUGUCUUAUUCGAAAAAAAAAUGUAUGAAAAUAUUUUGUAUUUGGUAUCCUCGAAACGAAGCAAUAAUAAUAAUGUAACUGCAUGAAAUUACAUCUAUCAGGACUCUAAAUUAGAAAAUAAAAUUAUAAUAUGUAUAAUACUUAUGUGAACUGACUUGGUUAAUGUACAUACAUACGUGCGUAACGUUUACUUACAUAAAUUAUUUUGAUGUUUGUACAGAACCAAUUACGUUUUCACUCCCGAAUGUGUUUAUAAAUUUGGCGCAUGCCAAAAUAUUUCAUAUAACACUUAGAUUGUAAACAUAAUUUGUUUAAGGUACGCUCUAAGUAUGCUCUUAUUUAUUUGUAUGUAAUAAAUGGAGAAAAAAGCAAAA